UGGACAUAGCUGGUAAUCCAUAAAAAAAAAACGUAAAAUAAGAGUCCGAGUUAGCUAUUAUAACAGGCUAACAGCGUAGGGGAUUAAUCAGAGCCCCUGCAAUUUUGAUGGCUCAGCAACAAAGCCAGCCGAGAUCCAACGCCGUCAACAAGAUCGCACUGGCGUCGCUAUCUGCAAUGGUGGCGGAAACCACCACCUUCCCCAUCGAUAUAACCAAGACGAGGCUUCAAUUACACGGCAUAUCCCUCUCAACGACUCGCCGAGUCUCAGCAUUUCAGGUCGCCGCCGACAUCGUUCGCAAUGAAGGCGUAACAGGACUGUACAAAGGCUUAUCACCUGCGCUUAUUAGACACAUUUUCUAUACACCGAUUCGAACCGUUGGUUAUGAACAAUUGCGUCACGCUUUCCUCAGUGAUGAUAGUCAACCUCUUUCUCUACCAAGUAAGGCACUCAUCGGAGGAUUUUCCGGCGUUAUUGCUCAGGUAGUAGCUAGCCCAGCUGACCUGGUCAAAGUCAGAAUGCAAGCAGAUGGUCAAAAAGUCAACCCCAGGUACACAACCCCACUCAACGCCUUACACAAAAUCAUAAACACCGAAGGCUUUUUCGGACUAUGGAGAGGCGUAUUCCCCAAUAUCCAAAGAGCAUUUUUAGUAAACAUGGGAGAAUUAGCAUGUUAUGAUCACGCAAAAACAUUCAUAAUUCACAAUAAAAUUGCUAAUGACAACAUUUACGCCCAUACUUUAGCCUCCAUGAUGUCUGGCCUUACAGCCACCACCAUAAGUUGCCCUGCAGAUGUUGUGAAAACUAGAAUGAUGAAUCAAGGGAUUAGUGAAGAAGGUAAGUUAAAGUAUAGGAAUUCUUAUGAUUGUGUUGUGAAGACUGUUAGAUUUGAAGGGAUUAGAGCUUUGUGGAAAGGGUUUUUUCCUACUUGGGCUAGGUUAGGGCCUUGGCAAUUUGUGUUUUGGGUGUCUUAUGAGAAAUUUAGGUUGAUUGUUGGGCUUCCUUCUUUUUAAUAAAGGGAGAAUUAGUAAUUUGUAGUUUUGUAAUUUUGUAAUUGGUGAGUAUGUAUUUGUUUUAAUAAAUUAUAAUGUAUGAACAUUGUGUUGUGCUGCUUUCAAAAUGGCACAUGUUGCUUUGAUAAACUGAAUUGGACAAUUGGAUAAUUUAGAUCGG